GUUGAAUCCAAAGCAUGAUCUGCACUAUUGACAUUGUGAAUUGUGACGGAGAAGAGAGUUUCCAUUAUCAUCAUGUGGCCAUUCAGCAAGAAAGGAAUUUCUGGUUUCUCAGGGAGUUCAACUGCUGAACAAGUCACUCAUGGAAUUGAUGCAAUUGGCCUCACUGCUAUUGUUACUGGAGCAUCCAGUGGUAUUGGAGUUGAGACUAUGCGUGUUCUUGCUUUGCGUGGUGUCCAUGUGAUUGUGGCUGUUAGAAAUAAGGUUGCUGCUAAUGAUAUCAAAGAAGCAAUACUUAAGGAGAUUCCCUCAGCUAAAAUUGAUGUCAUGGAGUUAGAUCUCAGUUCAUUGGAAUCUGUCAAGAAAUUUGCAUCCGAAUUUAAUUCCUCUGGUCUUCCAUUGAACAUCUUGAUAAACAAUGCAGGAAUCAUGUUAUGCCCUUUCAUGCUGUCCAAAGACAACAUUGAACUGCAUUUUGCUACAAACCACCUAGGUCAUUUUCUCUUGACAAAUCUUUUGUUGGACACAAUGAAGAAAACAGCACACCAAAGUAAAAAAGAAGGAAGAAUUGUUAAUGUCUCCGCAAAAGCUUACAUAUUUGCAUAUCCUGAAGGAAUCCGUUUUGACAAAAUUAAUGACCAAUCAAGUUACAGCAAAUGGGGUGCAUAUGGACAGUCAAAGCUUGCUAACAUUUUACAUGCCAAUGAGCUUGCAAGACGCCUCAAGGAUGAUGGGGUGGAUAUCAUUGUGAAUUCUCUUCAUCCAGGAAUCAUUCUCACCAAUCUUUCCCGCCAUAUGAGUGUAAUCGACGGUAUAAUAAAGGUGAUUGGGAAACUUGUGAUGAAAAAUGUUCAGCAGGGGGCAGCCACUACAUGCUAUGUAGCAUUGCACCCGCAAGUGAAGGGAGUUAGUGGUGAAUAUUUUUCAGAGAGUAAUGUGGCAAAAUUAAGAUCACAGGGAAGGGACGCUGAUUUGGCUAACAAUCUAUGGGAUUUCAGCAUGAAUUUGAUUAAGGACAAAUAGAAUAACCAAAGAGAAAUGUUGGAUAACUUUUUUGGUGUCCAACACCGUAUGUGUACCAUAUAGAUACUAUUUUUUUUUUAAUUAACUGUUUAUCUCUCUUAUAGUCACAUUAAUAGUAAUAAAUGAUGUAUUUCUAUCCGGUUGUCAAAUGGUUGUUGAUUUACAUAUUCAAA